GCCACUGGAACAGAGCACCAUGGCUGUGAACAUCCCAGGAGUGAUAGUGAUGCUGAUUUUCUACUUGAUGGUCCUGGGCAUCGGCAUCUGGGCUUCUUUCAAGUCCAAGAGAGAACAGAAGAAAAGUGGAGCAGGAGAAAUGGAGAUGGCUCUGCUGGGGAACAGGAGCAUCAACUGGAUGGUCGGGAUCUUCACCAUGACAGCUACCUGGGUUGGAGGAGGCAUGCUUGUGGCCAUUGCUGAGAUUACUUACACGCCAUCUCUAGGACUCAUCGAGGCAGCUACAAUGAUCCUUGCCUACAGCAUGUCAUUUAUUUUAUGUGGCCUGGUGUUUGGUAAACCUCUCAGAGAGCUGAACUGUGUCACCAUGAUGGACCCUUUCCAACAGAAAUAUGGAAGAGUGCUGACAACAGGACUGUCCUUGUUCUCACUUUUCCUGGACUUUAUGGGCUUGCCUAUUACACUCAUUGCUUUGGGAGGAGCAAUGAAUGUAGUCCUGAACUUGUCCUACACUGCGUGUGUCUGGAUCUCUGCUGCUGUUGUUGUCAUCUACACACUGAUGGGAGGUCUCUACUCUGUGGCCUACACUGAUGUAAUACAGCUGAUUCUUAUAUUCAUAAGUAUGUGGCUCUGCGUUCCCUUUGUUCUGAUGAACCCCAGCUGCACAGACAUUGGUCAAACACUGAUGAACAACACCUUACACGCUCCCUGGAUUGGAACUGUAGAACUCCGAAAGUCUGGAGUUGUUGUGGACCAGUUCCUAUUUUAUACACUGGGCAGCAUGGGAUAUCAGUGCCUCCACCAGAGAACCUUGGCAGCUUCUUCAUUAACCACUGCAAAGGUCACAUGUGUGGUCGCUGCUUUUGUCUUCAUUGUGUUGGUUACACCAUCGGUUCUGCUUGGAGCAGCUGCUGCGUCUACAGAUUGGAACCUGACCUCCUUCGGUUCUCCGUCUCCAUAUGAACGCGGUGAAGCCUCCAUGGUUCUGUCAAUCGCCCUGCAGCACCUCACACCAUCCUAUAUCUCUAUUAUUGGUACUGGAUGUGUGGCCGCUGCUGUGAUGUCAUCAGCUGACUCCAUGUUGAUUUCUGCAGCUUCUGUCUUCACCACAAACAUUUAUAAGAGCGUCCUGAGGCCAAAGGCUGGAGAAAAAGAGAUUAAGUGGACGAUUAGGAUUGUUGUCCUAGUGGUGGGUGUGGGUGGUGCAUCACUAACAUCUGAGUCAAACAGCAUCAUUUUCUUCUGGAUACUUGCUGCUGAAGUUGGUUAUGUUGUGAUCUUUCCUCAACUGGUCUGUGUCCUCUUUUUCAAAAUCUCCAAUGGUAAUGGAGCUGUCAUAGGAUUUGUGGCAGGAGUAACGAUGAGACUCCUCAGUGGGGUCCCAUCUCUAGGACUUCCUGUUGUCCUCCACUUCCCAGGAUGUGUCCUUGAGGAUGGAGUUUAUGUCCAGUACGCUCCAGUCAAGACCAUCUCCAUGCUGUCUGCCAUGGGUUCCAUCUUGUUGUUCUCCUAUCUGACAUCUGUGCUCUUCAACAAAGGUCUGCUUCCUGAGAGGUGUGACGUGUUCAAGGUGAAAGUCCAACACUCACCACAGCAGAUGAGUCCAGUACCUGGUUCAAAAAUAGAUGAUGAGACUGAGACACUGACAAAAACCAAGUGUCAGGCUGAGACCUCAGAGCUUGUCAACACAGACUGUUAGUGUCUCUGAGCAUCGUUGAUGAG